UUUUCUCGCCGGUAUUUUGGAUCAAGCUGUGAGUCAAACCGAAACACUGAGUUGGACAAGAAGUCUGUUUUGAGGAGAUUCAAACAUGAGCGCAGACAACUCGACUUUGCUGGACAGUUUGUUGUUCGCCCCUCUGUGCGAUGGCUGGACCAACAACACCGAGGGAGCCAUCUACCACCUGGGCAACACCAUCAUGUUCCUGGGCUACAUGGGAGGCAGUGGGGCCUAUGGGUGCCUUUUCAUCUUUGGCUUCCUGACCCCGGCCUUCGGGUGCCUGACCCUGUGGGGCUGGAUGACGAUGUGCGGCCUGGAUGUCUUCACCUGGAACCUGCUUCUGCUGCUGGCCUGCUUGGCUCAGAUCUGCCACCUCCUCCACCGACUGCACCAGCAGGGCAUUCACAGCGAGACGCUCACCUCCCUCUACCAGGCGGUCUACCUGCCGCUGGGCGUCCCCGUCCAGGUGUUCAAGGAGAUAGCCAGAGCGUUUGAGAACAAGGCGGUGGAGCUGAAGGCCGGAGAGACGUAUGCUGUGGAGGGCAAGACGCCCAUCGACCAGCUCUCCUUCCUGCUGUCUGGGAGGAUCAAUGUAUCAUUGGAGGGCCAGUUCCUGCAUUACAUCCACCGCCACCAGUUCCUCGACUCUCCGGAGUGGGAGUCUCUCAGACCAAACGAGGAGGGAAAGUUCCAGGUGACCCUGACAGCAGAGGAGGACUCCUGCUACAUCUCAUGGCGCCGCCGCCGCCUCUACAUGCUGAUCUCAAAGGAACGCUACAUCGCCCGCCUCUUCUCCGUCAUGCUGGGCUAUGACAUUGCAGAAAAGCUCUACAACCUCAACAGCAAGCUCUACAUCAAGAGCGGCGUGCUGCUGGACAUCCGCCUGCCCAGUCUCUACCACGUGCUGGCCCCGUCCUCGCAGGGCAGCGAGGGCGGCAGUUUCAGCGAUGGCGGCGUCCCUAAGGAGCAACAAGUUGAGCAGCAGGAUGAAGACCAGGUGCCUGCCUACGAGAAGUCCGACCCAGCCCAGUCUCAGCCCCUCCAGCCGUACCUGCAGGGACCAAGGAAGCCCUACCUGGACGAACCCCGGCCCUCCCAGCCUGACCGGUACCAGCACCCCUGGGCGUCGGACCCGGAGCCGAUCUCUGGAGGUGAUAGCGACCGGGAUCUACCGCCUCGGUUUCUGAGAGGCAGAGCGCCGCUGGCUCCCACCGACACUCCCAAGCUGUGAGAACAGUCUCUCCUGGAAACACGGAUAUAUGUUGCAGUGCAGUCGAAUGAAUGUGUCACAUGUCACUUAUCGUCUCCUCCUCCUCACGCUCAGUUCACAUCUUCAGUCCUGAGUAUGGUAAACAGGUGCUCCUCCCUCUCCCCGAUGCCAAAAUGCAAAAUUUAUAUUUUGCAACAAUCAAUAUUUGGAGCAUAUAUGUAUCACCCAUUAACUUUAUAAUCAGUUUGCCUAAAAGUCUUGUCAUGAUGGCUUUGAAGCAACUUUUAGGCAUAAAUGAGGCUCUGAAAUGUGCUUUAAAAGCUGUUGGCUGUUUUAAAUGAACAUGUAAUUUUUACAAUGUACAAUUUAAAACCUGAGCGAGUUGAUUAAAUGUUCAAAGAGACAGAACGUUGAACAGGAAGAGAUUCUGUAUCCAACAUUAAAAUAUUUAUAAUAAUUAACUUUUAACAAUAAGUUAAACCCAAAUGUAAAUCACAAGAACACCUUCAUCUGUAACUGUCACUGAGACAGGAAGGAGAGACAAGCCUUCACUUUGUCAAUCACCAGCACAUAAAAUGCCUGAAAAGUUAUUGUAAUGUUUUAAAAUCUGAUUUUAUGUUUUUUCCAUCUCAUUAAUAUUCGAUGUUGGAUCUCCGAUUGUUUGAUUUAGACUUGACUUCACCUGAGUUGGGGACUUUUGUUGUUUAAUUCACAGAAAUUCACUUGUAUUUAGAGAAUGAAUUUAACUGCACAGGUUUAAGUUCACUAGAAUAAGAAAACUGUUGGACCAACUUAAAAAAUUACUUGAAGU